CAAAUUUGGUAUCUUAAUCAAACAAAAAUGCAUAUUUAAACAUUUAUUCAAUAUCCAUGCUUGCUUAGAUUUGCAAUUGCCAGCGGACCAGACUGCUGUUGUGUUUUUUAUAAUUACUGCAGCAUGGUUUUAAGAUAUUACUACGAUUUGAUGUCACAGCCGUGUAGAGCAAUCUAUAUAUUUCUAAAAAUUAAUAAAAUUCCGUUUGAACCGAAACCGAUUGCACUUAGAAAAGGAGAACAUCGUUCAGAUGAAUACAAGAAAGUAAAUCCCUUCGGUCUGGUACCCGUUCUAGAUGAUGAGGGAUUCAUUUUAACAGAAAGCGUUGCAAUAUUGAAAUAUUUAGCAGAAAAAUAUAAUGCUCCUGAAAACUGGUAUCCCAGAGCUGACAUACAAGGCCAAGCAAGAAUAGAUGAAUACAUGAACUGGCAGCAUUGGAAUACCAGAUUAAAGUCAGCUAAACUUUUCCAGAGUUUGUUAUUUAGAAGAAUGAAUAAUAAAUCAGAAGAUUCUGAUACAGUUGACCUAUUGAGAACUGAAGUAGAAAAGACUGUCAAUUAUUUGGCGCAGGUUUGGUUAAAAGACCGACCUUUUCUCUGUGGAAAAGAAAUUUCUGUUGCUGAUAUACUUGGUGUAUGUGAAUUAAUUCAAUUGUCUGCUGUGCAUGAAGAAAAACUAUACGAAGAAAGUCCAAUUGUUAAAUCUUGGAUGGAAAGAGUAAAAGGUAGUCUACAGCCCCAAUUUGACGAAGCCCACAAGAUUAUAUAUGGAGUACGUAAAAUGUAUGAAAAUAUGAAAGAACAACCAGCAAAACUGUAA